CACCUAUCUCAUUGUGGCAUUCUCUCUCUACACUGAAUAUUAAUAGCCUUGCUGGUGGAUAAUUUUUUGGAACAGGUGCCGGCCAUUAUAUAUGGUCCUGUACCUUCAGCAGGUUGCCAUAUGUAUAACUAUCAUGAGGUAGUUGAGAUAGCGACUGUGUGCUGCUGCUGGAAAGGCUACCUGGGUCUGUAUCUCUACCGCAGUAUCAUAGUCAAAGCAAACUGGGUCAGAAGUGCAUCAUACCAGCAAAUAUUCACUUCAAACAUUGGUGCCAUUAUCUCUUCUGGCAUCUCCUAUCUUACCAAAAGAACUCCAUGUCAUCGUAACUGGACUCAUGCAUAUCUCUACUCUUAUUUCCAAUAUGGAAUAUCCUCAUAUUUAGUGCAGUGCAAUAGGGGCGUGUUAGGUAUGUCCAACUCAAAGGCAACUUCUACACUUGUAGCCAGUUGGAAGAUGAGUUUGUUGACUCAAUGGUCCAAGUUGUUAACAUAUAUUCUACCAAAUAGUCAAGAAGUGGAAUGAAACUUGCACCUAAGCAAUCAAUAUAUCAGCUUUGGUAUCCAAACCAGGCUAGCUAACCACUACUUGCCUAAUAUCAGCUCAUUCCAGCAUCAAGGGAGAAGAGCCCUAACUCAGAGUAUUGGUGUCAUUCCAAACAGC